UUGGUGUUUGGGGCAAUUUCUGGCACAUGACAGCAGAAGUACACCUUUAUUUCCUUCUGUAGUGCUGCAAAAGCAAAUACAUUUACUUUCACAUAACGUCAGCAUGUUUCUAUAUAACUUUACGGUUUGACAUAAUGAGAAAUUAAAAUGGGCUCAGACUUAAGAAAUUGGAUUGGAUUUUUCUUACUAGGAUCAAUUAAUAAUUUACCAUAUGUGAUAGUUACAUCAGCAGCCAAUACUAUCGCAGAUAGUUUUGAUCAAAGAAAUAAUGUUGGUGUUGUAUUCUUUGCCAAUGUGGCCUUGUCUGUCAUAGUCAAAAGUGUAAAUGGAUUUCUUCUACUGAAAGUAUCCUAUGGUAUUAGGAUUGUAGCCAAUGCCAUAAUAAUGUUGAUAGGAUUAUUUGGUGUGGCCUUUGCCUUUGAUUUCUGGUUUGCAAUUGUAUGCAUAGUUUUUGUUGGUGCAAGUGCUGCCUUUGGAGAAAAUGUAGCUUUAGGAUAUCUGAGAUUAUUUCCUAGUAAAUUUGUAAAUGCUUGGUCUAGUGGUACUGGUAUGGCAGGGGUGCUUGGAUCAACUAUAUACAUUAUAUUUGGUUGUGUAGUUGGUGCAGGAGGAGACAAUACAGCCAAGUUAAAACAUUUAACAAAGUAUGCCUUUUUAUUGACUUCCCCUGUUGUGGUUGUAUACUUGCUAGCCUAUUUCUGGAUAAUACAGAGACCUCCAGAAAGUGAAUAUCUUACCAAAGACGACAGUGAUAUACAGAAGGAAAAACAACGGCUGUUAGAUGAUAGUGAAGAAGGGGAAUUAGAUGAAAUAUCAGAAACAGUAGAACCUGUAGAAGAAUCAGCUCUAAAAAGAAUAUGGAGAUGUUUUAAACUGGUGUCAUGGGUAUCUUUUAAUUUAGCUGCAGUUUACAUGUUUGAGUAUGUUGCUCAAGGAAGUGCAGCUAAAGUGAGGCCAAAGACUGAAUACAAUAAAGGAUGCCCUGAAUUAUAUGCUGGGCUGUCAUUGUGUUAUCAGGCAGGUGUAUUCGUAUCCAGAUCGUCUGUACAGUUAUUUAGAAUCAAAAGAAUAGAAAUUCUGUCUGUAUUACAACUUGUGAACAUGAUAGUAUGGCUGAUAGAUGUCCAUACAAAGUUUAUACCAGUUUACAUAUUACCUGCCUAUAUGAUAUAUGUAGGUUUGUUAGGUGGAGCUUCCUAUGUCAAUAUUUUCUAUCUUCUACUCAAUGAAGACAAAUAUCCAAACAAUGACAGAGAGUUAUGUAUUAACAUUGCUGCUUUAUUUAUAACAGUUGGAAUAGUGUCAGGAACAGCUGUAGAAACCUUGUUAUUCCAGACAGCAUUGAAAAAUGAUUGAUUUGAGCAGAAGUCAUGAGUAAAACAUUCCAUUUGUGUCAAAUUCAGGGUUGUCAAAUACUACAUUUGAUUUGAACCAUGAGAUUAAUUAUUAUGUACAUGACAAAUUAUUUUUAUAUUUGUAAUUUUUUACAUUUUCUAGAAAAGUUGUGCAAUAUUGUUAAUUUAUUAAAUACAUGAUGCAAAAAGUGAACCUUUAUUCUGAGUUAACUACAUGUACAUAUUUUUUUAUUAUCAUUUAUUUUUGUAUGUGCUGGUUGGUUUGGAUAUGACACAUUUUGAGUUUGAGUUAUUUCUCUUGGCAGCUAUGUGUUGAUUUUCUUAUUUGACUAAACAAAUUUGAAUAAAGUCUUAUAGAUCUUUACUAUCUUGUAGUGAUGAAAAAAACAAGGCUUAAAGAAAUUAAAAUUGUUCAGAAAACAACUUUUUAUAAAUUCUAGCUGUAAGUGUAACAUAUUGAAUUUGACUGAUUUAUAAAGAAAUUUGUGUAUGUUGACCUCCAAUAUGGCAACAAAGAGACAAGAACUCUUGCUCAAAUUGUGUCAAUAGAAAACUUUUUAUUAUUUAUUUACAGUAUUUGUAUUAGGAUAUUUAACUCUGUAGAUUUAUAAAAUAUUUUGAUGAGGGCAGGUUAACCACAACCUUAAAAGAGAAACAGAAAAACUAUAUAAUAUAACAGAAUAUCAUUUUAUUUGCAAAGGAUCAAAGUAAUUAUAGAACCCUUUAUGUAAUUUGGUCUUAGUCUAAGACAAGAGAAAUUUACCACUUGUGUGACACAAGAUAUGCCUCUCCAAAUGUUUUACUAGGAGUAAAAUAGCACAUUACCUUAAGCUAAUAGAGCAGGACCUGCUGACCAUUCCUGUGUUAUCCUGUCGUUUUUGGUACUAAGUUGCUCUAUCUUCAGUUCCUGUGCUAUAUUUCGUUAUAUUUGUCAACAUUUUAAACCUCCCUAAAGCUUAGUACAAUGUAUAAAGAAAGUGACAAAUAUAAUUCCUACCCAUGUUAAUUGAGCAUAGUUCAUGAAUCCUAGAAACGCAAUUUAAAGGUAUCAGUGAUUGUGUAGAUAGAUACUAUAUAGGGCAGACAAAUCAGUCCCCAAAAAAUAAAAACAGAAAACUACAAAAUUAUAUGUUAUGACUUAAAUCAUAAAUAAUUUGCUUUGAGUUUUCUCUAAGAUCACUGGUGAACUUGUGUGGUUCAAUAAGCUUGGUACAGCACUUUCGGUAAUCCACAACAUUUCAUUCCUUUUUUAGUUGCAUUUACCUGAUUUGUUAAAUGAGCAUGGAGCAUGACCUGAAAGAAUUAUUCCUUUAUUUUGAUACAAUCUCCACUUAUAAAUUGCACCUGUUACAUUAUUGUAUAUGUAGUAGAGUAUUUGAAAAUGUUAGUUCUGGUUCUUAAUUAUCUAACUUUGACUCAAAAACAAUGUUAAAUACUA